CAGCGCAGGCGCAGGGCCCAGGAGUGCAGCCGCCAGCGCCGAGCCGGAACGCGCUCCGCCAGCGCCGCAUCCCUCUGUACCUGCCAACAUCCUGUGUUAGAGAAGAACUUGUGGCUGGAGGUGUGGCUGGGGAGGGACACUGCUCAGCUGCUGCUCUGCUCGUCUCCUGUCCCCUCCCCCAGCCAUGACAGAGACCCGUGAGCCAGCUGAGACUGGGGGCUACGCCAGUUUGGAAGAAGACGAUGAAGACCUUUCCCCAGGCCCUGAGCAUUCAUCUGACUCUGAAUACACUCUCUCAGAGCCAGACUCUGAAGAGGAAGAAGACGAGGAGGAGGAGGAAGAAGAGACCACCGAUGAUCCUGAAUAUGACCCUGGCUACAAGGUGAAGCAGCGCCUGGGGGGCGGCCGGGGUGGCCCAUCCCGCCGGGCCCCCCGUGCAGCCCAGCCCCCAGGCCCCCCAGCCCAGCCCUGCCAGCUUUGUGGCCGCUCACCCCUUGGGGAGGCCCCGCCGGGCACCCCACCUUGCCGGCUCUGCUGCCCUGCUACAGCCCCCCAGGAAGCACCAGCCCCUGAAGGCAGGGCCCUCAGGGAGGAAGAGGAGGAGCCACCUCGGGCUGGGGAGGGCCCACCAGCUGGGCGGGAGGAGGAGGAGGAAGAUGAGGAGGAGGGCACGUACCACUGCACAGAGUGUGAAGAUUCCUUUGACAACCUCGGGGAGCUGCAUGGGCACUUCAUGCUGCAUGCUCGGGGUGAGGUUUAGGCAGAGCCCCCCCCACCCAGGGAGCUUGGCAGAAGGGGGGUGGGGUGGGAGGAAGGGGCUGAGGAAAUUGGGUUGGUCACAGUGGUCAUGGGAGAUGGGGUUCUGCCAAUUUGUGUUGUCUUAGCAGUAGAUGUGUGAAGGUCAGAAUAAAAGCCAAAUUCUGUGUGUGUC